GGCCCGGCGCUCGGACAGGCCGCAGGUCCCGCCCGUCGCGGGGCUGCCGUCACCCUGGGUUUCAGGCUUGGUGUUCCCGGCGAAGAAGGGGAGAUGAGUAAGGGCAAGGACGAUGCUCCGCAUGAGCUGGAGAGCCAGUUCGUGCUGCGGCUGCCGCCGGAGUAUGCCUCCACUGUGCGGCGAGCAGUACAGUCUGGGAAUGUCAACUUGAAGGACAGGCUUACCAUUGAGCUACACGCGGAUGGGCGCCAUGGGAUUGUCCGUGUGGACCGGGUGCCGCUGGCAGCCAAGCUGGUGGAUCUGCCCUGCAUCAUCGAGAGCUUAAAAACCAUUGACAAGAAAACCUUCUAUAAGACAGCAGAUAUAUGCCAGAUGCUUGUUUGCACUGUGGAUGGUGAUCUGUACCCCCCUUUGGAAGAGCAAACUGUGAGCACUGACCCCAAGGCAAACAAGAAGAAGGACAAGGACAGAGAGAAGAAAUUCAUCUGGAACCAUGGCAUCACUCUUCCCCUGAAAAAUGUACGGAAGAGACGAUUCCGGAAGACAGCUAAGAAGAAGUAUAUAGAGUCUCCUGAUGUGGAAAAAGAGGUGAAGCGUCUCCUGAGCACAGAUGCUGAAGCUGUCAGUGUCCGCUGGGAAGUCAUUGCUGAAGACGAAACAAAAGAAGUAGACAACCAUGGUUCGCUCACCAGCCUGGACAUCUCCUCCCCAGGGAUGUCAGGACAUAAGCAAGGCUCCUCAGAACAUGAUGAACUGCGGGAGAUAUUUAAUGAUAUCAGCAGCAGCAGUGAAGAUGAAGAUGAGAGGGAUCAUCAUGACGAUGAAGACCUGAACAUCAUGGACACUGAGGAUGACUUGGAGAGGCAGCUGCAGGACAAGCUGAAUGAGUCUGACGGGCAGCAACAGGAGAAUGAGGGCUCCAACCAGAUAGUCAUGGGGAUCCAGAAGCAGAUUGACAACCUGAAAAGUAAACUCCAGGAGACUCAGGACAGGAGGAAGCGCCAGGAAGAUCUCAUCAUGAAAGUGGAGAACUUGGCCCUCAAGACACGUCUCCAGGCCGUGCUAGAUGAGUUCAAGCAGCAGGAGGAGCGAGAGAAGCAGCAGAUGACAUCCCUGCAGGAGCAGCUGGAGUCCCUCAUGGAGAAGUGAGGAGCAGGCCGGGGUCUUUGUACCUGCGAGCAGAGCUGGAAGUGCCACGCUGAAGCCUGUGCUCUAGUCACACACCUCUGCUGCUGGGCAUGGCCAGUGCUGGGCUCACAUGUGUUUUUCUAGGCUUGGUUUGUGGAGCUAAAGAAUUGAACUAUGCCUGUGAGAGCAGCCAGAAUACGGGAUUUACUGGAAAUACUCAGCACCAUUUCC